AUGCGUUUCAGUCCCUUGUACCUUGCUUUCUUUGCUGGUUCGGUGCUUUGCCAGGAUGCCGAGCACACAUGGCAGGCUCCUAGAGGCAACGACCGCCGAGCCCCUUGCCCUCUCUUGAAUAGUCUCGCCAACCACGGCUACCUCCCCCGAAACGGCCAAAACAUCUCCGUCGAUGCCCUCAUCGAAGGCAUGCACGCCGGCCUCAACCUCCGCGAAGAUGCUAAACUCUUCUUCCGCCUGCAAGGCAACAAGGCCCUAGAGGCCUCAUCGACGGGAAACAAGGACACAUUCAAUCUUAACGACCUCAACAAGCACGAUCUCAUUGAACAUGAUGCUUCCCUCAGCCGGGCAGAUAUCUACUUUGGAGACAACUGGUCCUUCAACCAGACCAUCUUUGACGAAACCAAGUCCUACUGGCCUUCGGCUACAAUUUCAAUCAGCGAUGCUGCUAAGGCACUCGUCGCAAGGCAGAAUAGUGCUGAAAAGGCUAACCCUGAAUUCAACUUGCCUUUUGACGGUUACACCAACUCGCUGGGUCAGACGGCGAUGUACCUUGGUUUAUUUGGAGAUUAUGAUGACGGUAACGCGAACCGGUCUUGGGUUGAAUACUUCUUUGAAAACGAAAGAUUACCUUUUGAGCUUGGUUGGCAGAGGCGAUCAGACGAUGACAAGAUCCCGGCCACAGGGAUCCUGGCCUUGACAACCAAAGUUGCUGUCCACUACCUGGGAGCAAAGAUAGGGUUCUAA